AUGCAAUUUGUAGUCCGUGCCGAGCGGCGCGGGGGGCGUGAAUCAGUGGGGCCAGCUGUUAACGCAGCCUUUUAUAAGCCGGGGGCGCUGCCGCCCUCGCCAGAGGGGGCGGUCAGCUUCCCCGCCGUGCUGACCGCUGACCCCCAGGGCCUGUCGGACUGCAGCGUCCCAGCGGAUUUGGUCCGCGGCAGGUUCCAGCCGCGCCUUCCGACUUCGCUGCCGCCCCUAGGGCAGCAGCAGCAGCCGUCGCCGCUACCACGCCGACAGCCCGUCCCGUUGAUGCCUCCCGCGCAGCUUCAUCCGGGAGCGCCCCAGGUGGUCGCUCCGGCGCCUGCGGUCCCUCUUCAGUCGCCACCGCCUUCGGAGCUGAUGGACGUCGACCCCUCAGCCGGGCCGCCUUCCCAAGCGGUGGCUGUGCAGCCUGUCCUGCAGCCGCUUUCCUUGGUCACCCCCAAGGAGUCUGACACCGCAGCGCCUUGUCCGGCGCCCACUCAGCAGCCGUCGACGCAGCGUCAGGAGACGCUGCCUCUCUUCGUGGGUCCCGACGCCCCGUCGCGUCCAGUACCAGAAGCUGCGCCCGUGGUCACAGGCGUGCACCCUGACCUCGGUUUUCAGUCGGUGUUUUCCGAGGCCCCGCGCAGCCAAUGCUGGGGAACACGGCGUGCUGCGAGCGAUACCGCCUCUGGCUACGCGGCAAGCGACUCGUGGGAACGCAACGUGGCUGCGCGGCGGCGUUGGCGCAUCCGCGGCUAA